AUGGAGAUCGAUAAAUAUCUCCUACUCUUCCUAGUUUUCCUGACUUCUGAAGUGCUCUCCAUUUUCUCAGAUUCCUAUGUUGAUAUGAGAUUUUUGCUGGAAACAGAACAACAAUGCGUUUUCUUCCCAGUGCACCAACCACAUGCUCAAAUGGAUAUUGCUGUUGCAGCAUUAAAAUUCGAAUAUCCAUUAUCUGUAGACUUGUUCAAUCCAUCUGGAACUUCGGCUGUUAAGACUCAUAAUAGUGGACGACAUUAUUUCAAAUAUCCAGAAGUUGAUGGGAGUUUCCACGAAAUCGGAGAUUUCCAGUUAUGCAUUUCCAGUAAACAGAUCAGACAACCAGUUCAGGUUUCUCUGAUAAUUGUGAUUCAUGAGAAAAAUGCGAAUAACAUCGAUGUGGCAUCGAAUCUGCAAAGAAUCAAAUCUAACACAGGUUAUGAUGAGACUCAAAUGACACUGCAGAAGUUUGAACAAAUCACUCUGAAUAUUGAUAUGCAUUUGCAAAUUAUGAAGACCGAACAAGCAAAAAGAGCAUUUGUAGAGAAAAUUGACCGACAACAUAUUGAAACUGCAUUUGAGAUGAUCAACUUUUGGCAUAUAAUGCGAGUUUUCUUGGUUGUUUUUAUUGCUGGAUUUCAGGUCCAUGCUAUUCGAUCACUGCUCACUACAAAAUAA